CACCCCGGCCAGAUAGCCUGGGGCCCUGAUCCUCUGGGUCUGGCCUCGUGGUGGCAGCAGAGACGCGGGGGCACAGGGAGCCAGGAAAAUGGUCCCCCAGCUGGGUCCUAAUAAUGGCCACUGCGGGGUGAGCACCUGGGGUGUCAGGCUGGGCGGUGGUGGCUCCUGCACACCUUCGUGCUCUUGCUGGGGCUCCAGAGGCCAGCUGGGGACACGAGCAGACCACGCUCCCCACGGCCCUGGCCUUGACCGAGGCCACACGGCAGAGCUGCCCCAGAGCCAGAACCCAAGCCCGGCUGCCUGGCUCCAAAGCCCACAGCUGCCAGGGCCUCCCCCGCCCCCGCGGCCUCCUCCCGCCUCCCCUCCACAUGGCCCUGGGCUCCCCGCACCCUCGCUCCUGACUCCAGGUGAAGCCAGAGGUCCUCAACCACCCCGAGCGCUUCUCUCUCAUCUACUCGGGUCACCCGUUCAUCGUGCCAGGAGGACGCUUUGUCGAGUUCUAUUACUGGGACUCCUACUGGGUGAUGGAGGGUCUGCUCCUGUCCGAGAUGCCAGGGACGGUGAAGGGCAUGCUGCAGAACUUCCUGGACCUGGUGCAGACGUACGGACACGUCCCCAACGGGGCCCGCGUGUACUACCUGCAGCGGAGCCAGCCCCCGCUCCUGAGCCUCAUGAUGGAGCGCUACGUGACUCAGGCCAAUGACACCGCCUUCCUCCGGGACAACCUGGAGACCCUGGCCUUGGAGUUGGACUUUUGGACCAAGAACAGGAGCAUCUCUGUGAGCUCUGGGGGAAAGAGCUACGUCCUGAACCGCUAUCAUGUCCCCUAUGGGGGACCCAGGUGAGGCCGUGCCUGGCCAGCCCUUCAGUCUCUUGUGUGUUCACUCUGGUUUGAGUGGCCGGACUCCCCUGGUGAUGGUGAUACUGAGGGCCUGGGGGCCUGUGUUCCCAGGAAAGGGGUCCCAACUAUGCUCUGGGGGCAGCCCUGUUGUGCAUCACCCCUUUCUUGGAGGUCCAGCCCUGGCUCUGGGCCAUCGCUGGGGCAGGAGAGACCCUAGGGGGCCAAGGAAGCAGGCAGGACCCCGCCAGGAGUUGGGGCGGAGCCCCAGCCGGGGAGACGUGAACAGCUCUGUCUGCAGGGGCAGUGGAGGAG